CUUGGGGGCAACGCUUGCCUCCGAUUGGCCCCUGUAUCUGGGUCCAUGGUCAGCUGAGCUGAUCUAGUCUGGUCGAGAAGAAUGGAGCCUGCAGCCGGGUGUUUGCGGAGAAGAGGUGGCCCAUAUAAAACUGAACCAGUUACAGAUUUGAUGCACUGGAGGCUGUCUAAUGUUGAGGGCAGACAGACUUGGAGGUAUAUCGACUACAGAGAAACAGAAGACAGGCAACAGACAAUGCUGGAGCUACAUUCACUGGGGCUUGACACUAGUAAAUUUACCAGGGAUUUACCAAGAGCUGCGACACCACAAGAGGCAGUUCUGCAGGGAAUGACAUUUUAUGCAAAGCUACAGGCUGAGGAUGGACAUUGGGCUGGAGACUAUGGUGGACCCCUAUUCCUUCUACCAGGGCUACUGAUUACAUGUCAUGUAGCAAAGAUAUCAUUGUCAGAGGCUCAGAGGAAGGAGAUGAUUCGAUACCUGCGCUCAGUACAGCUUCCAGAUGGCGGAUGGGGACUGCAUGUGGAGGACAAGUCAACAGUGUUUGGAACAGCGUUGAAUUACGCAGCCUGUAGAAUCCUUGGUGUUGGACCAGAUGACCCUGACCUGGUGCGGGCGAGAAAUAACCUUCAUGAUAAAGGUGGUGCUGUCGGAAUCCCAUCCUGGGGUAAAUUCUGGUUGGCAAUUCUUAAUGUCUACAGCUGGGAAGGAAUGAACACCUUGUUUCCAGAGAUGUGGCUCUUCCCUCGAUGGGUACCAGCUCACCCUUCCACCUUAUGGUGUCACUGUCGGCAGGUCUAUCUCCCUAUGAGUUACUGCUAUGCUGUCCGCCUCACUGCACAGGAAGAUGACCUAAUUCUCAGCCUGCGCCAGGAGCUCUACAUUCAAGACUACAGCUCCAUUGACUGGCCUGCCCAGCGAAACAAUGUGGCGGCAUGUGAUCUGUACACCCCACACAGCCAGCUUCUCACCAUUGCGUACGCUUUCCUGAAUAUGUAUGAGGAUCAUCACAGCACCACUCUGAGAAAGAAGGCACUCACAGAACUCUAUGACCACAUCGUAGCUGAUGACAGAUUCACAAAGUGCAUUAGCAUCGGACCGAUUUCCAAAACCAUCAACAUGUUGGUUCGCUGGCACGUGGAGGGUCACGAGGCCCCUGCUUUCCAGGAGCAUGUUUCUCAUAUCCCAGACUAUCUCUGGCUUGGCCUUGAUGGACUGAAGAUGCAGGGCACCAACGGAUCUCAGCUGUGGGAUACAGCUUUUGCCGUCCAGGCCUACCUUGAGGCAGGGGCUCAGGAUAUUCCAGAAUUCACAGCCUGUCUCCAACAUGCCCACGAGUAUUUCCGAAUUUCUCAGGUUCAAGACAAUCCUCCAGAUUAUGACAAGUAUUACCGUCAAAUGAGUAAGGGGGGUUUCUCAUUCAGCACUCGGGACUGCGGCUGGAUUGUAGCAGAUUGCACAGCAGAAGGCUUAAAAUCCAUAAUGCUGCUGCAGGAGAAGUGUCCCUUCAUCAAGGAUCACAUUUCUGAGGAGCGACUGUUUGAUGCCGUCAAUGUGCUGCUCAGUAUGAGAAACCCUGACGGUGGGUUUGCCACAUACGAGACAAAGCGCGGGGGACGACUGCUCGAACUUCUGAACCCCUCAGAGGUUUUUGGCGAUAUAAUGAUUGAUUACACGUAUGUUGAGUGCACAUCUGCUGUCAUGCAGGCAUUGAAACAUUUCCGUGAGAAAUAUCCAUACCACAGAGUGAGGGAGAUCCGCGACACUUUGGAAAAGGGCCUUGAGUACUGUCGGAGAAUGCAGAAUCCAGACGGGUCAUGGGAAGGGAGCUGGGGUGUCUGCUUUACCUAUGGAACCUGGUUUGGCCUGGAGGCUUUUGCCUGCAUGGGACACACCUAUCAGAAAGGCGCUGCAUGCAGAGCAGUGACCCGUGCCUGCGAGUUCCUGCUGUCCAAACAGAUGGAAGAUGGAGGCUGGGGCGAAGACUUUGAAUCAUGUGAGCAAAGGAAAUAUGUGCAAAGUGCAAAGUCCCAAGUUCACAAUACAUGUUGGGCAGUAUUGGGAUUAAUGGCUGCCAGAUACCCUGGCACACGGGCAAUCGAGCGAGGGAUUGAACUCCUGAUGGCAAAGCAGCUGCCAAAUGGGGAUUGGCCUCAGGAGAACAUUGCUGGUGUAUUCAACAAAACCUGUGCAAUUAGUUAUACCUCCUACAGAAAUAUCUUCCCCAUAUGGACACUGGGACGAUUCAUCAGCCUUUACCCGAAUAGCGCCCAAGCUAUCAAGCUCAAACUGUGACAAUGGAAGCUGGGGGAAAGUUCAAUUAAUGCCCACAUAAUUCUACAGCAACUCAUCCACAUCCUUGACUCUCUACAACACUCAAGCUCUAUUCCUGUUGUGACACGUGGGCUGGAAAAGGGAACUCUCCAUGUAAAUGGUCAAUAUAUGCUAUUUUAUACUGAAAUCUAUAGUCGAUCAUAAAUGUGCAAGAAUACAACUGUAGAAGUGGGGAUCUGAGCACACUCUGUGUCCAUAUUUGAAAUGGCAUAACGCUUUGCUAUCUGUCUUGUAAUUUACUUCCCUGACUUCUAAGCUCUUUAAAUGGAACUAAGAUUAUGUUUUCUCUUUUAAAGGAAACCUUAAUCAGUGAAGUCAUGUGCUAGCUUGAACUUGUCCAUUCAGGCAUGAAUGGACUCAUUCAUGUAGAGAAAUUUAUAUUUAAUAAAAACCAAAAGAACUGUGGAUGCUGUAAAUCAGAGACAAAAAUAGAAAUUGCC